UCAUAUAAAGAUAAUUUACCAAAAGAAUUAUUAGUUCUACAAUAUGCUGAUAAUUUCCGCAGACAAUAUGUUCAUCUCUAUCGCGAUAGGAAGCCAUUGUUUCUUAAUCCAAUCAACGAGUGUCGAGUUGAGAAAUUAGUAUGUACAACAAUCAACCCUACCCAGCUACCGUAUAAAGAAUUAUAUGACUGGGAUACAGCUGCUGAGUUCGUAGCUGAUUAUUUAAACUUUGAAACAUUAGAUCCACCAUAUGAACUACCUAAAAGACUGCUAUCACCAACCACAGUGUUAAAGAGACAGAAGGGAAAUUGUUUUGAAUAUAGUACAUUAUUAUGUUCAUUUCUCCUGGCUGCUGGCUAUGAUGCCUACGUUGUCAAUGGUUACGCUACAAAAGAAACAUGUCUGGCUGAUGAAACCAGGGAAAUCUGUCCACUUCUUAAAAAGAAAGAAAAGAAAGAAGAAGAGGUGAAGAAGAAGGAAUUAAAGAAAUAUACAGUCAAACCACCUCGUGAUUUACGUAGUAAGUUUGAAAUUAAAAUGGAACAAAGGAAAGUAGCUGAGAAAGAGGCUGAAGAAGCUAAAAGACGUCAAGAAGAAAUUGAGAGACAAUUGGUAAGUGAGGAAUUAGAGAAGCCGCCACCAGAUCCACUGUAUGGUCUACGUAUUCACACCUGGAUUCUAGUAUUACCAGGUAAACGAGAGGUAGCAGAAAGUUUUUUUAUUGAACCGUUCACUGGCUUACCUCACCCUGUAGACAGCACCAACUAUCUAGGUAUAGAGUCAGUCUGGAAUAAUAUGAAUUAUUGGGUCAACAUGCAGGACUGUUCUAAUGGUGUACAGGGAUUAAGCUAUGAUUUAGGUGACUGUACGAAAUGGGAGUAUAUGUUUCCCUGUACAGAUAAACCACUAUUACAAAUACCAGAAACAGAGGAAGAUCUGAUUGGUGGUUUAGAUGAUGAUGAGAAACACCUAGACAUGCCACCAUCCUGGGUUCAACCCCUUAAAUUAUCUUUAAAAGAUUUCCAGAUGCGUUGUCCGUUUGGUAAGAAGAGUAAACUCUAUAAACGUGCUAAAUUAGAGAAGUUUGCCCAUUAUCUCCUACCUGAUGGCUUAAUUUGUAAAUUAUCUGUUUAUGAGGAUAGAGAAUUAACAGACCUGGUUCAAACGAAAGAAUUUUACGCACAUCGACAAGAUAAACUACAUACUAAAAUACACAACCAUCGUACAGGCUGGACAACAGAGUAUUAUUAUCCUGGACGACAGAGAUGUUUAAAAGAACAUCAUUAUAAAGCCAGUGCUCCAGCACCAGAAAAUGAACGAACUAUGAUAUUUUACCAUGAAGCUAGAGUGGAUGGUUUGAUGAAACGAAUUGAAACACCUUCAGAACUAACAGAACACUACGUUAACAGAGAUGAUUUCUUGUUCUAUAAACAUGUGGAAUUUGGUAAAAGACAGAAAAAAUUUGGUCCUCAAGAUGGAGGGAGUUCUGGUAAUGCCAGGCCUAUCAAUAAAAUGUUACAGAAAUUUAAACGUAACCCAGAAAAAGAGGCGAAUGAAGACAUCUAUGAAUUAACUUUCACUGUGUCAGAAGAUAAGAUUCAAAUAACAUACCAUACAGAAGAUGCUAGAAUAGCCUCCUCCACUAGAGAGUUCAUCAAACCUAGUAAUUGGGAAGAGAAAGGAGCCACGUUAAAAUGGGAAUCAGAUCAACAACAUCAAACUUUCCAGGUAGUUGAUCCUGAUUCCAAGUCUAAAAAACAAGUAGAAAUUUAUGAAAUGUUGUUAGAUUUAUUAAAAGCAGAAGAUAUUUGUCGAGAGCGAGUUCGUGAUUCGGAAGAAGAGGUUAGAGAAAUAUUAAAUGAUAGAACUAAAGAAGAGACAGAAUCAGAACUAGAGAUAAGUGUAUAUGAUACAGAUAGAAAUGAAAAGGCUAAAACACAUCGUAAAGAAUUGGAGAGACUUCAAUUAGAAGAGAAGAUGAGAAAACAGGAGAUGGAAAUAGAUUAUUUGGCACCAUUCCUGGCACAGAUAGGAGACCCAGAACACGUUCAACGUCCUCAAGCCUUUAAACUAAAAGAAGACUGCUUAAAUGAUCUCAAACAGAGGCUGAUUGAUAAAGCCAAUUUAAUACAAGCAAGGUUUGAAAAGGAAACUCAAGAAUUACAGAAAAAACAGGCCUGGUACCAACAGAAUCAAGUUUCUAUGUCUAAAGAAAAUGAAGAAGAUUAUUUGAAUUAUUGUAGUGAUGCUAUGUUCAGAAUCCAUAUUUUAGAACUACGUUUAAACAGACAUAAAGAAAUGGCACCAGGUAAAUAUAUGGCACUGGAGUUGAAAUUAAGAAGUGACCCAAGGCUUUCUGAAUAUUUUGGGUAA